AUGGUCUUUAAUUUUCCUUGUCUGGGGUUUUUGAUUCUGUGCACGGCCUUAAUCACUACUAAUUGUGUUUUAGGGUUUUCAUCAAAAGGUUUACCUAUCUCAUCCUUCAAUGAAUCUUUCUUUCGUUUAUAUGGGAAUAAUCGUGUGAUUUUCCUUGACAACGAAGGAAAAUCAGUCCAAAUUUCCCUCGAUAAAAGUUCAGGUUCUGGUUUCUUGUCACAAGACAUGUAUCUCCACUCAUAUUUUAGUGCUUCCAUCAAAUUGCCAGGAAAUUACACUGCUGGAGUUGUUGUCACUUUUUACACAUCAAAUGGGGAUGAGUACAAAACUAACCACGAUGAAAUAGAUUUUGAGUUCUUGGGUCAUGUUAGAGGCAAACCUUGGUUGGUCCAAACCAAUAUUUAUGGCAAUGGAAGCACAAAUAGGGGACGUGAAGAGAGGUACAAUCUUUGGUUUGAUCCUACUCAAGAUUUCCAUACUUAUAGUAUUCUUUGGACUAGUAAAUGGAUCGUUUUUUAUGUGGAUGAAGUUCCUAUUAGAGUGGUUCAGAAGGUUGAUGCCAUGGGAGGAGAUUUUCCCUCGAAGGCCAUGACUUUGUUUGCUACAAUAUGGGAUGGAUCUGCUUGGGCAACAAGUGGAGGCAAACACAAGGUUAAUUAUAAAUAUGCUCCUUUCCUUGCUAAAUAUUCCAAUUUUGUGUUAUACGGAUGCUCUCUCGAUCCGAUCCAAAAAGAAUUAGCUGCUGAAAAGUGUGGCAGUGCCACAGAUUUGAGUACUUUCAAUGGUUUGACAACUGAAGAAAAGAGCAAAAUGAUGAAAUUUAGGAUGAAAAAUUUGAUUUAUUCUUAUUGCAAUGAUCGUUCUCGAUAUCCAAUUCCAUUGCCCGAGUGCAUUGUAAAAAGGAAGCUCUAG